AUGGCAGAAUAAAAAAAAAGAUUGAAUUCAUCUAUGACGUAUGAGGAGUAUGUGAGUUUUUUUGAAAAAGAACCAAAGAAGCCUACUCUAAAGCCAAAAUUAAAUCCAGAUCUUGCCAUGGAUCACUUGGAUCUCCUGAGUGAUGCUACCACUACUGACAAUUUUGAGUCCUUCUACCCAGAAGUGAUUGAUAAAUUGGAACAAAUCUAAGUUCUACCUUAGGAAUAAUCCCAAAGAAGAUAAAGAACUUAAAGUGAGAACAUUUCCUUCACAUUCCUUAGUUUCAUAUAGAAAAAAAUCGAAAGAAAGUAAUCAGAUUGA